UCAGCGCCUUGAGCUCAGAGCCCCAGGAGGAGGAGGAGGAGGAGGAGGAGGAGGACCAGCCAGCUACAGACGAGAAGACAGCAACAUGGCGGACAUGUCUGUGGAGCAGAUCGCCAUGAGGGCCGACGAGCUGACUGAUGAGUCUCUGGAGAGCACACGGAGGAUGCGGAUGAUGGCGGAGGAGACCAGGGAGACCGGUGGGAAAACCAUGGUGAUGUUGGACGAGCAGGGAGAACAACUGAAGCGUGCAGAGGAGGGCAUGGACCAGAUCAACCAGGACAUGCGGCAGGCGGAGAAGAACCUGAAGGACCUCUCCAAGUGCUGCGGCCUCUGUGUGUGCCCGUGUGACAGGGUGACGUCCAUCGAGAACGACUCGCGCUACAAGCGCACCUGGGGCAUCGGCGGCGAGGGCGGCGGCGGCGGGCGCGGCAGCGUGGUCUCCCGGCAACCGUCCGGCGUCCGCAACGGCGGGGCGGCCCAGACGCAGGCCCCCCCGCCGUCGGGCCCCUACGUGAAGAGGAUCACCAACGACGCCCGUGAGGACGAGAUGGAGGAGAAUCUGGGGGCGGUGGGCGACAUCAUCGGCAACCUGAAGACCAUGGCCAUGGACAUGGGAGGAGAGCUGGACAAGCAGAACAAACAGAUCGACCGGCUCACCGACAAGGCGGAGGUGACCAAAAGUCGUGUGGACGAAGCGAACCAGAGAGCCAACAAGCUCCUCAGCUAGACGGACCGGAUCGCACCAGCUCUACAAACCCCCCCCCCCCCCCCCCCCCCCCCCCCACACACACACACUCUCUCUCUCACACACACACACAAGCACACACAGGCCUACACACGCACGCAUUUGGGAAACCUGAUCUGAUCAGGUAAAAGUUAGGUAAGGUGUGUGUAUCAAACCCGCCCAGGGUCAGUGCCGCCCCUUUAAAGAGAGGUUUCCAUUCUCCCUCAGCGUGCCUUAAAGCUAAUCUGCAGUCCGGGUGGUUUUCUAAUAUUUGUAUCUUCCACACCAACCGCGCCUCACGCUCAGCCUCACGGGCGACAGUAGGGGCAGACGGUUGAAUGUUCUCCCACCUCUCUCUCUCUCUCCCCCCCCCCCCCCCCCCUCUGAUCACCCUCUCAUCCUCCGACGUGUUGACGUUGUUGUUCAUGCCAAGCGGAGGCCGUACUCAACGAGUCCCCUCCCGGUGUGAGUUCACGGUGUGUCUUAAUGGUGUGGGUGAGCGUCUGUAUACUGCCCCCUGUUGAUCCCCGGGUCACAUGACGCCCCCCCCCUGUGUGUCACUAACGUGGCUGCGUCCUGUGCUUUAGUCCUGACCCCAUGUGCUUUAUUUAACUGAUCGAAUGCAGCUGAAAUGACCUGAAAAUAAAGUUGGACUUUCUUUUUUCGUGGCACACUUUUCCCUCACCCCGCAUCGUCAUUUACGCCGUUUUGUAAUCCCCUAACAUGCCCGUCAAGUGUUUUUUAAAUGCUGCACUUUGCAGCGGCGUGAAUGCACCCAUCAACCCUCGGUUACAGGGACACGAAUCUCCUCUAUAUAUUGUAGAUCUAUGAAAGCGUUUGGGGGUUUUGGUCGUAUGCGAGAGCUCUGUGAUCCACACGAGGCUCAGUACCUCCUCUGGAGAGCUUUACUUCACAACACUGAACACGGGGAUCCUGCCAGCAGUGGCCUUGCUGAAGGCGAGUAUCAAACUAGAUGCUUCUCUUUGGCUCCAAGGGCAGCUAAGGUCAAUGCUGUACUUUAAAUUCUCUGCCAGGUCUGUCAUGAAGCUGUUUAUUUUGUUUUCCCCAAUAGGAUGCUGAUGUACAUACUCUACCAGGGGCUGUGUAUCUAGCCUGCAAAUAAACCUAUUUAUCAAAUGCACCUCUUUAAAAUGGUUGACACUUUGUGUAAUGACCAUAUGCCCAUGGCUCGAAUGCUUACUAGAAACUCUGGUGUAAAAAUGUAGUUUACCCGAUUGAAUUAGGUUAACUACUUUCGGUAGAAUGAUGUGAUUUAUUUCUGUUGCCCUAAUCAUUUGAACGAUGUAGCUGCCUCUGUUUCUGUUCUAGGUUCAUCUUUGGCAGUCGUAGGCUAUAUAGCAAUAUCAAUAUAUUUUAAAGCCCAACCCUUUUAAUUUAAGAAAAAUAGCAGAAGUCUGGGUAAAGUAGCGCUAUAAACUGGGGAGAUGGAGGGAAAAGAUGUGUUGCGAUGUCUCACCGAAUCUCCUUCCCUUUCGCUGUGUUUUCUAAGCAGCCACUUUAUAUGCGGAGCUGGAGCAAAAUGUUAAUAUCUGCUGAUGGAAAGUUCUCGAGACCGCACAAGCACUCGGACAUUACAGCCUGUGGCAAAACAAACCGAUAAAUAAAUCACGGAAAUGUUUUAGGCGUAAAUGUACCUGUUCCUGUUUGUUUGUUCUCUGCUGGGCUUUUAGGAUCCGGGCGUCUAAUGAGCAGCGACAAUAGUUAUUUCUGGUCCGCGCGUUUGUUGCGGGGUAUAACCCUCUUUGCUUUGUUGAGGGCAGAACAACAUUAAAUGCUUGUGAAGAAUACAAAGUCUUGUUCUGUGCUGGAUAUUUCCUGGGGUUACAGACCUCUGCUUCAUUUGUCAGUUUUGAUCUAACUAGACCAGCCUGGGGACUAGGUUGUACGUGAUGUUAAAACAUCAACAGAUCUACUUAUUUUGGGCGCCUUUUUUUAUACGUUACCUGGGGCAACUAAUCUGAAACGUAGCAGCAAGAGUGCCUUUUAUUGUACGUGCAUCCGUCUGUCAGCCUCUCUAUCUGUCCACAGUUUGGUUGUUUAUAAAUAAAAAAGGAAAUCUGAAUUUCAAUUUGUCAGAACUUUAAUUAAUACAGUGCUUGUGUUUCAACACUUAAAGGUGGUUUGUACAGCAUCAUAUAUUAGAUUGUCUCUCAUGGUUGCAUAAUGAUCGACAAACGACGAUCCUGAUGUGCUAGAAGCUGAUAUUUAACGGUUUCUUCAUAUUAUAUAAUCUCCGUCAUUAUUUGAGUGAAGGCCAUUUUCAAACAAUUUUUUUUAACCACGCAUAGGCAGAAAAUAAAAUCAAGUUUUUAAUAAAUAGAAAUAAAAUACUGUAAAUUACUUUUUUUGUAAAUGUUUGUCCAUCCUGGCAGUUUGACCACAUUCAUUCAUUAGUGCCAACAGAUUUACUCUGCUUAAUUUGAUGUUAAGUCAAAGAAUUCAUCACAUUUGGUUCUGAUUUGGUCAACAGAUAUUCAUGAUCUGAAUGGUCUCCUUAAUUAUUUUAUCUUUGAAAUGUCACAGAACGCCACUUUAUUUAUUUUUAUCGUAAUCCGAAAAACCCUAUUGUUAUUCAUUGUCUUAUUCUUAUUCUUCAUUUUAAUCAGCCCUAUUUUUGCACCGUAUCUUCUACAGUAUUCAAGGUAUUGACGACAAAACAAUUAAAAUGGUCUGGUUCAUCAGGUGUGUUAUAUAUUUUGGGGUGCUUUACGGAAAUAUGCUUUUUUUGGUGGUUCAGCAAAUCCCAGUAAUCCAUUGGAAACCAGCAGCUAAAUCCGUUUAUUUUGGGAGAAAACAGGGGUUAGAGGUCACUUUAUUUGGCACACACAAAGUUUGCAACCAGCCAAGGUCACUUUUUUACUUUCCAAGUCAAUUCAUACGGGCUGCUGUUAGGCUUGACCUCCGAACCUUCUGCUUAAUAGCAAGGAGAGUUUACCCACAAGUCAACUGGGUUUUGGCCUGUUGUCUUGAGAACAGUUUCUAGCUUUAAGCUGCAUAAGCGAAAGCUAAGGACCCCCAUUUAAAAAUAAUCUUUUAAUAAACUUUUUAUUUGGUAAAAUUGUUCAGUGAUUUUGUUCCUCAUUUUGAAUUAUCUCAAAAUGUGUUAAGGUGGAACUUUUGUAAAACAAUUCUGCAAGAAUUCUCAGCUACGUUGGUUGGCCCAAGACUUGAUGGUUUGGGUUGGUAGCUGGGAGUGAAGCAACCUGUAUUUGUAAUAGUUUUCUACAGGUCUCAUUUGGCAUGGCAGGACCCAUAAGGUAUGUCUGGACAAUUCCUUCUCCACCUUGAAAAUGUUGAAAAAUAUCCACUUAAUGAAGACAUAAAUGUGUUUUUGAGCUGAUUGCUAACGAUCAACCAUCUUGAAAGGAACUCUUUAAAAGUCCCAUAUUAUACCACCAGGUGUGAGUGUAAUUAGCUGUUAGAAAAUCUGCCUCUUCUGACAUCACAAGUGGGCGUGUCCACCUAGACGUAUGACGGAUAGAUGAGCAAAGUUUCCUACAGUCCACUGGGUAGGCUGGAAGACCGAUCUAUCCAUCAAACAUCUAGGUGGACAUGCAGGAAGAGGCAGAUUUUCCCAACGGCUUGUAAUGGAUAGUCCCACUAGCACCUGGUGGUAUAAUAUGGGACCUUUAUAGCAGCGUCUCCCGAUAAACAUGCAUGUCGGUAGAGUAAGGCGGGCCGGCCACGCCCCCGAGGGGAAGCAAUGAUACCAAUCAGGAACGGCCUUUCAGAAAAUUAAAUGGCCUCAGCCAAACAAACAUACUGCACCUUUAAGAUUAUUCUCAAUUCGAUUAGUAAAGAAAGGUUAAUCAAUAGAAAAGUAAUAGUCAAAAUGGACGUCUUCUUGCGUUAACAUCACAAAAGAAUAGAGACUUAAGUGGGCCUUGUAAUAUUUUAAAAUUUAUUCGCUCAAAAUGUAGGUGACAUUUCAUGUCUACAUUUUGGAUAUUUUACAUAGAGAGUAGAAAAUGCAGAUAAAAACCACUAAACUAUAGGGCCAGGGAGUAGCGAG